AGCUUUUUAGUUGGAGAGACGUUAAGAAAAUGACGUGAAUAAGAUGUACAUGGUUAAAUGCCAGGUUUGCUUAGCUGAGGUGCAAAACUUUUUUGGUUCCAUGGCUUUAAGUACUAGCAUGUUGCACAGAUUAUUUAGUCUAGCUUGACUGCUAAAAGAUGCACUUUUUUCUAUCACUUAUGUCUGCAGAAAGCAAACCUUUUUAAUGAAUUAUUUUCCUGUUAAAUUACCCUUUUCCAUGAUAAACACAGAUUUAUAUUGAGUUUGCCUUUUGUUCACUGGUGUCUUAAUUCAUAAAUUAGCUGACAGCUGAGUUAAAAGUGCUUAAAACUAGCAGCUGUGUUAAUCUGCUUGCACCUUCAGAAAAUAAGCUUAUAUGUAGAGCACAAUUUCUUGAGUCUACUUACAAAUUCCCAAAGUAGUUUGUUGAACUGGGAGUUUGACAGCCAUGGUUAAAGCUGCAAAAUUGACUGGCCUGCUGAUGUUGAGAGAUACGUAUAUAAAAUGUGAUAAGGAAAAUAGUAAUAAUUUGUUAAGAAUAGACUUUGUGCUUCUAAAAAAAAGUAGAUAUUAUGUACCAUGCCUGUGCCAAGCUGCAAGGGUGCACCAAGGAACAAGUCACAUCCUCUUGAGAAACGUGCUCACACAUAGGAAUACUGGGUGAUGGUGAAAUUAGCUAUCACUGCCCUCCAUUCUAUCCAAGGUGAUGGGAUUAAUGAUUACUCUUUCAGGCGUUGGUCUAAGUGGUGGAGAUAACAUCAAUAAAACAGUCCCUUUGGGGCACUUGGAAACUAAAAAGAGGUGUAAAAUCAAUAUAAGAAAUAUGCAGGAUACACUGAUAAUAUAUAAGAUAGAUUUUGCUUGAAACAAACUUUAUUGUGGUAAGUGUUUUCUUUAUGAAAUUACAGGGAAAAUUUACGUGUGAAGAGGGAAAGCUUAAAAAAAUCAUAAUACCCAACUUAAAUGGCAGAGCUACGGAUUCUAAUUUUUGCACACAGAAGAAGCUGUCCCCUUAAAGCACUACUUUUCUGAUCUAAAUGUCUUAAUAAAGUGGAAGUGUCAAUUCUGACUACCCUUGAGUCCUGGGUAGCCUGCAGCCCAGAAACAGCUAGAAAACACUGAAUACCUGUUAUCAUAGGACAGCAAGUUUAGCUUUUCUCAGGAAGGCAAUUGGGCCACCUAUAAGACAUGUCUCUUGGCACAGGGGCAAAUCCGAGUAAGUAUUGGUGGGCUUCUUAGUGCUCUCAUGGGUUGUGUUUUAGUAGAAACUGAAUUGGGUGCAAGGUAAUUGCCUUUAAUUUAGCUCUUCUAUACCACCGCCAGAACUUCCUUACUUAGAAUUUUACUUAAAUCUAUUUACCUUUUAUAUUAAAUUCAGUUUUAAAGGGAGCCAAUUUCACAGCGGAAGAGCGGGGGUGCUGGCCCAGGACAUAGCCCUUGGAGGGUGGAUUUGGACAUCUCAGGGUGCCCCACCCCCGGGGGAAGGGGUGCAAACAGCUCUGCCUUUAUUUCCUCAUCCCUUCCCCAGCUGUAGUCUCAGACUGCAGAAUGAGUGAUCCUAAGUAAAUCCCAGGCCUGGCACUUCCGUCCUUCCUCUGAGCCUGGGGGCUCACUGUAUAGUCGGAAUCUUUCACGGAUGCUGCCCUAAGUAUCCAGGCCAUCUAGAAAUUCCUGCACCCCCACCCGCAAGUACCGCGGAGACUUGGUUGCAUCGGGUUUGAGCCAACUGCAUUCACCUGUCUCUAAGGGGUCAAGGAGCCUCACCCGGCGACUGCAGACUGCAGGGCUGGGAGAGGACAGCCCGACCCCAGUUGCUUUUGGCUCUUGUCUGCGCUAUAGAUUUAACCCAGGGCGGGGUGACCAGGGCCCCCGCCCCGACCUACCAGCUAAAAAUCUGAAAUAGGACCCACACCGCACGUUGGAAAAUGCAGUUCAAGUCGCCUGGGCCUUUAUGUUGGGUAUAAAAUGGAAAAAACUCCCCAAGCUUAUGCAAAGAUAUAUGCAAAUGAAGCUGUAAGAAAAUAGUGCUAGCCACUCCUUGCCAACAUGAUUGCCUUCAUAUGUAGAAAGUCGUCACUAUAUAAACUGAUCAUUCCAGAAAAAUCUCGACUAUUCCCAGCGUAGUUUGGAGCCAGCAGUUGAAGCUUAGAAACUAGAACUAUCACCCAAGAACUUAGAUUUCAUAACGCUUAACUGGAAGCUAUAUUUCCAUGUGAAUGGGGCAGUCUUUGCUCUUGGGUCCAUAAAAUAUGUUAUUAGGAGCCUCAAAACGUGAUGCUUUCACGUUGUGGGCUGUCUCCGAGGUAGGCGGAAAAAAACCAGACUCCUUUACACCUGGGGUAUCUCCGAGGGGAUCACAACUGCCUACCAGUUCCUACACGUGCUGAGAGCGUGGGAAAGAAGGGAAAAAUAAAAGGGGAAACUGCCAGGACUUAAGAUGUCCGCUCAAAGCCGCUUCGAUCUCGCAGGAAGGGCCUACCCGCUUCCAAAAUGUCCGCCCGCAGUCCUGACGUCACUCGGCCGGCUUCAUCAGGCCGGAGAGCCAGCGCGCUCCAAUCAGGGCUCGGUCCCCUCACCCACUGCCCUGAUUCGCGUCACUUCCGGUGGUGCAGCAGCCAUUUUGUCAGUCGCCAGCGGAGCCCGCGCGCUGGCGAAGUGCAGUUCCCCCUGGUUACCGAGUCGUCGGUUCUCCCUGCGCGCUGCGGGCGCCGUCGGGGAGCACCCAGAGCAGACACAGCCGUUCCUCCCGGCCGGGCCGCAGCCGCUGUCGCACCCGCCCGGGCCCGGCGCGCUGUCCUCCCCCGCGGCUGACAGACGCCCUCAGGGAGCCGCCGCCAGCGAUGUCAAGCGAGGAGAGCUACCGGGCCAUCCUGCGCUACCUGACGAACGAGCGCGAGCCGUACGCGCCGGGCACCGAGGGCAAUGUCAAGCGCAAGAUCCGCAAGGCGGCCGCCUGCUACGUGGUGCGCGGCGGGACCCUGUACUACCAGCGGCGGCGGCGGCACCGCAGGACCUUCGCGGAGCUCGAGGUGGUGCUGCAGCCCGAGCGGCGCCGCGACCUCAUCGAGGCGGCGCACCUGGGCCCGGGCGGCACGCACCACACCCGGCACCAGACCUGGCACGACCUGUCCAAGACGUACUGGUGGCGAGGUAUAUUAAAGCAAGUCAAAGAUUACAUUAAACAGUGUAGCAAAUGCCAGGAGAAACUAGAUCGUUCCCGUCCAAUAUCAGAUACUUCAGAAAUGUUGGAAGAAUUGGGACUAGACCUUGAAUCUGGAGAAGAAAGUAAUGAAUCAGAGGAUGACCUGAGCAACUUUACUUCACCUCCAACUACAGCCUCCAAGCCUGCAAAAAAGAAGCCAGUAUCCAAACAUGAACUUGUAUUUGUUGACACCAAAGGAGUGGUGAAACGUUCUUCUCCAAAACAUUGUCAGGCUGUCUUAAAACAGCUGAACGAACAGAGGCUCUCCAACCAGUUCUGUGAUGUUACUUUGUUAAUUGAAGGAGAAGAGUACAAAGCUCAUAAAUCUGUUUUGUCAGCUAAUAGCGAAUAUUUUCGAGAUCUUUUUAUUGAGAAAGGAGCUGUUUCCAGUCAUGAGGCAGUGGUGGAUCUUUCUGGUUUUUGUAAGGCAAGCUUCCUUCCUUUACUGGAAUUUGCCUAUACUUCUGUGCUGAGCUUUGACUUCUAUAGCAUGGCUGAUGUAGCCGUCUUGGCUCGUCAUCUUUUUAUGUCAGAAGUUUUAGAAAUCUGUGAAAGUGUACAUAAACUAAUGGAAGAGAAGCAGCUAACAGUAUAUAAGAAGGGUGAAGUACAAACUGUUGCAUCUACCCAGGACUUAACAGAACAAAAUGGAGCUACAGCGCCUCCUGUGGCCAGCAAUGAGGGAACCACGACAACUUUAUCUACUGAGCUUGGGGAUUGUGAAAUUGUCCUGCUGGUGAAUGGAGACUUGCCAGAAGCUGAGCAGAAUGGAGAGCUAGGACAACAGCCUGAGCCCCAGGUUUCUUCAGAGGCUGAAGCUGCUCUGUCACCUGCAGGCUGUAUAACUGAUUCCCAUCCUGAAGUGCAUUCUGUUGAUUUAGUAACAAAAAACAGUCAGACAGAACUAGAAACUUUAAACAGCAGAGAAGAUAGCACAGUUUCUAAUGUUCAUCCUAAAGCUUCAAAAGAGAAUGUGAUUAGUAGCUCUCCAGAAAACAGUGAUAUGGGAAAUGAUACAUCAGCUGAGGACAUCUGUGCUGAAGACAUUACAGAGCCUAGGCAGAACUCUGGCCAGUCUUUAAACGAUGAGGAAAAUCUAGUUGCACCGACAGCAAAGCCAGACCUUGGCCCUGAUAAUGACACUUACAGAAGCAGGCUUCGGCAGCGUUCUGUUAACGAAGGGGGAUACAUCCGACUACACAAAGGAAUGGAGAAAAAGCUGCAGAAACGGAAAGCCCUUCCUAAGUCAGCAGUACAACAGGUGGCCCAGAAAUUAGUUCAAAGAGGAAAAAAGAUGAAACAGCCAAAAAGAGAUGCUAAGGAGAAUACUGAAGAAGAAGCGUCCCAUAAAUGUGGGGAAUGUGGAAUGGUUUUUCAGAGACGAUAUGCCCUUAUAAUGCACACACUGAAACAUGAGAGAGCUAGAGAUUACAAGUGUCCUUUGUGUAAAAAACAGUUCCAGUACCGUGCCUCCUUGCGAGCACAUCUUAUUCGACAUGCCAGAAAAGAUUCGCCUGCCUCAUCCUCUUCCAAUUCCACGUCUAAUGAGGCAUCAGGAACAUCGUCUGAGAAGGGCAGAACCAAACGAGAAUUUAUAUGUUCCAUAUGUGGAAGGACAUUACCUAAAUUAUAUUCUCUUCGAAUACAUAUGUUAAAGCACACAGGUGUAAAGCCACAUGCGUGCCAGGUCUGUGGAAAGACUUUCAUCUACAAGCAUGGUCUGAAGUUACACCAGAGUCUCCAUCAGUCACAAAAGCAGUUCCAGUGUGAACUCUGUGUUAAAUCAUUUGUUACCAAACGGAGUCUUCAAGAACAUAUGAGUAUUCACACAGGAGAGUCCAAGUACCUUUGCUCAGUGUGUGGAAAGUCUUUUCACAGAGGCUCUGGACUCAGCAAGCACCUAAAGAAACACCAGCCAAAGCCUGAGGUUCGAGGCUAUCAUUGUACUCAAUGUGAAAAAAGUUUCUUUGAAGCUAGAGAUCUUCGCCAGCACAUGAACAAGCAUCUUGGUGUGAAGCCAUUCCAGUGCCAAUUUUGUGAUAAGUGUUAUAGUUGGAAAAAAGAUUGGUAUUCCCAUGUGAAGUCUCAUUCUGUCACUGAGCCUUACAGGUGUAAUAUAUGUGGCAAAGAAUUUUACGAGAAAGCAUUAUUCAGAAGGCAUGUAAAGAAAGCUACCCAUGGGAAGAAAGGAAGAGCAAAGCAGAACCUGGAGCGGGUGUGCGAACGUUGUGGCAGGAAGUUCACUCAGCUGAGAGAGUACAGGAGGCACAUGAACAACCAUGAAGGAGUUAAGCCAUUUGAGUGCUUAACAUGUGGAGUAUCUUGGGCUGAUGCCCGAUCUCUAAAACGCCACGUCAGAACACAUACAGGUGAACGGCCCUAUGUCUGUCCCGUAUGUAGUGAAGCCUACAUAGAUGCUCGAACACUCCGUAAACAUAUGACUAAAUUCCACAGAGAUUAUGUGACUUGCAAAAUUAUGCUGGAAAAAGAUACCCUUCAGUUUCAUAACCAAGGAACUCAAGUGGAGCAUGCUGUUAGCAUCUUAACAGCAGAUAUGCAGGAACAAGAAAGCAGUGUUCCUCAAGAACUGGAGACUGUGGUUGUGACAGGAGAAACUAUGGAAGCUCUUGAAGCUGUUGCAGCUACGGAAGAGUGUCCGUCAGUAUCUACACUUUCUGACCAAAGUAUCAUGCAGGUGGUUAAUUAUGUGCUGGCACAGCAGCAAGGACAGAAGCUCUCUGAAGUCGCAGAAGCCAUUCAAACUGUUGAAGUAGAGGUGGCACAUAUUUCAGAAGCAGAAUGAGUAUAGCAGUGGAGAUAAAAAGAAGUGACAUCUCAUGGAUGCUCAGCUCCCAGAAUGUUUGUUUACAGUACUAUAUGGCUGUCGCCUGGACUGUAGGUCGAGGCUCUGGGCUGUUUGGUGAUGUUUGAACAUUUCUAAACGGUUUGUCUGGCUAAUGGGGUCUAUAGAAAAGUCCAUUUACUGUAAGGAAAUUGAAAACAAAUCUAUUUGAUGGCAGUGGUUUAUCAUGGUAUACUUUUUAUGAAUUAAUGUUUAUAAAGAACUGUACUAAAUUAAAAACUGUACGGUUUCAUUUGCAUUUUGACAUUAUUGUAUACUUGAGUUUAAAAGGCUGCACCAGUCGGCUUUUCUUCUCCUUUCCUGUCAAAAUAUAGAGGCUCUGUGAUUUCAUUUGCCCUGUUUAUGGGUUAAAAAAAAGAUCUAAUAUAAAGCAUUUUAGUAGGAUGCAUAGGUAUAUUACAUUUUUUAAAUGCUUCAAAUCUGUGAUUCUUGACUAUUUAUUUUAACCCCUUAUAUGUCAGGGAUUCUUUAUUCUAUUUUAAAGCACUUAAUGAGUUACAUGUUGUAAUCAAGUUUGCACAGUAUACUUAUCUAUAUGGGGAACCCUUAUGAAUAGCUGUUUUUUAAAAUGCCAUUAAAAUGCAUGAAAUGCCUAUUAAAGCCUUACUAUGCUAUCUUUUCAAGGCAAAUAAAUUGACCAUGAGCAAAGAACACUCUUAUUAAACACUGUUGAUGGGAAAUUUCUUCUUGAUAACAUAGGACAACAAAUGGGGGGCAAAUGAAUGUUGUUCUUUUGCUCAAGAAUGAACACAUUAAAACUAGGUUCGGUAUGUUUGCAGCUUUGUAUCAUGUUUAAUUGUUCAAUUUUGUUGAAAAACUGCAGCUUAUAAAUAGGAUAGCAAUAUAGACAUCUACAGCGGUCCUGUGGAUACCAUAUAAUUGUCAAGUAAUUUCAGAAUAUUGAAGAGUCUUUACUUCAGCCCUCAUGAUGGUAUACCACUUAAAGAAAUUAUGGUCCACCAAAUUGUUGACAGUAAAUUAUUUUUAAAAAGUUAUAUAUUAAUUUGUGUUUGAUUUUUAAAUUCCCACCCCUUUAAGCUAUCCAAUUUUCUGAUUUUCAAGAUAACCAUGGGGAGAUGCCACAUUUCUCUCCUCUGGGAAACUACCACUCAAACUAUAAUUGUUAAAAUUAAACUUUUAAGUUUUAGAAGCUAAAAUAAGGUGUAAAAUUAAGAUACAAACAAAUCACAUGUAAAUCAUUCCUAAAGCACAAGAAAAGAAUGUGCCUUGAUGUACAUAUAUUAAGAUACUUAUUCCAGUUUACUUUAAAAAUGGCUUAAAAGAUAAAGAAUAAAUGUGAUGCCAUGCAUGCAUUAUACCUGUAUAUGUAAUAUUUGCAUUUGCAAGUUUCCCUUUGUUUCCGUAGCUGUGUGGCUGACCUACAAUUUUAAGUGAAUUGACAUACAGUCUGUCAGUUUGUGAUGGCUGCUUGUUUAUUGUGUCUUUCGGUUAGUUAGUGAAAAUGUAUUUCAAUCUAAGAUUUGAAAUUGUCUUUUAUGUUCCAUCCUCACCAUUGUUACUGGAUUUAGUUAAUUGUGUAAGACCAUUAAUGUAUGUCAUAAAUAUGUAAAUAAAAGAUGUUGAAUCUUGUUUAAAAGCA